CAAUUAGUGGCCCUUCAGCUGGUCACCUCGGUGCCGUGAAAGCCAUUGUGGGUCUAUCGGUGGUCUACUCCGCCCAUGACAGGCUUUGGACCCAUUUAAAUUUCGCAUUUCGUGCCAGUGCAGAAAAGACCGGCGUCAUGAAAAGUCCCACCAUGAAUUUUCGCAAAACUCCCAGUAGGGAUAGUGGCGUUAAGGCAGUGGAGAGUUUGGCCAAGCCGGAAACGCCUCCUCCCAAGUUUGUGGAAGAAUCCAACUUGGAAUUUAAUGUCUUGGCCAGCGAAAAGCUACCUAACUAUAACAAUUCGGAUACUUUUCAUCGGGCUGUGUUUCCAUUCAUGCUUCUGGCCCAGUGUGUGGCUAUAAUGCCCUUGGUGGGCAUCCGGGAAGCCAAUCCCAGACGCGUUCGAUUUGCCUAUAAAUCACUUCCCAUGAUAGUUACCCUGACCUUUAUGACUGCCACAUCCAUAUUGUUUCUGAGCAUGCUGAGUCACCUGCUAAAGAUUGGCAUUACGGCUAAGAAUUUUGUAGGCCUUGUUUUCUUUGGCUGUGUGUUGACGGCCUACGUGGUCUUUAUUCGCCUGGCUAAGAAAUGGCCUGCUCUUAUACGAUACUGGACGAGAACGGAAAUGGUCUUGACGAAGCCUCCUUAUGAAGUACCCAGGAGAAAUCUUUCGCGUCGGGUGCAAUUGGCUGCCUUGGCUAUUAUUGGCCUGUCCUUGGGUGAACAUGCUUUGUACCAGGUAUCAGCCAUUCUAUCCUAUAAGCGUCGUAUUCAGAUGUGCGUCAAUAUAACUACUGUGGCCAGUUUCGAUGAUUACAUGCAAAGGAACUACGACUAUGUGUUCCAGCUACUGCCCUACAGCCCCAUCAUCUCUGCGCUAGUUCUAUUGAUCAAUGGUGCCUGCACUUUCGUGUGGAACUACAUGGACCUCUUCAUCAUGAUGAUUAGCAAGGGUUUGUCCUAUCGGUUCGAGCAAAUAACAGCUCGUAUUCGCAAACUGGAGCAUGAGGAGGUCUGCGAGGCGGUAUUCAUCCAGAUCAGGGAGCAUUACGUGAAGAUGUGUGAGCUGCUGGAGUUUGUGGACAGCGCCAUGUCCAGUCUUAUACUGCUUUCGUGUGUCAACAACCUGUACUUUGUGUGCUACCAGCUGCUCAAUGUUUUCAACAAACUGCGCUGGCCCAUCAACUACAUAUACUUCUGGUACUCCCUACUCUACCUCAUUGGACGUACCGCCUUUGUGUUCCUCACGGCGGCGGACAUCAACGAGGAGUCCAGGCGAGGACUGGGCGUUCUGAGGAGGGUUUCCAGUCGCAGCUGGUGCGUGGAGGUGGAGCGCCUGAUAUUCCAGAUGACCACCCAGACAGUGGCCCUGUCCGGCAAGAAGUUCUACUUCCUCACCCGUCGACUGCUCUUUGGAAUGGCCGGCACGAUUGUCACCUACGAACUGGUCCUGCUGCAAUUCGAUGAGCCCAAUCGACGCAAAGGACUGCAGCCCUUGUGCGCCUGAUGAACCACAACCAUGACACCCGUCAACCCACUCCCGGG